AAUACCUAGUCGGAAAUAGCUCGUACUGGAGCCGAGCCAUCACACGAAACGCUGUCCAGUUCAGUUGGUAUCGCUUUUAAUCCUUUGUAUUUCGUUAUCAGAAGUCAUUUCUUUCUCGGAUAAGUACUUUUUGUAGCUUUUACGUGUCCUACCAGCAAAAAUGUCAAGAAUCUAAAUGAUAAUUCGUGAAUUUGUACACGAAGCCAAAGUCAACACGAGGAAGUAGUAAGCUUAUAGGUUAAGCACAAGAAGGAAUUGCAGUCAUCAUCUCUCCCAAGUAAUGGGACAUACCGAGUGGGCAAUGUGGGCCAAUGAACAGGGGGUGAUAACAAGCUUUGUUCUAGCUUUAGGUGGAACUUUGGGAGUAGCCGGAAUGUUUAAGAAAUAUGAGUUUGGUGCAUAUUCAAUAGCACUAGGUGUACUUGUUUUUCUGAUUGAAUACCCAAGAGGAAAGAGAAAACAAGGAAAGAAAACACAAGAGAGAAGUUACCAGAGAUGUCUUACAAGGCUGGUCAGUGGUCUCGGCAUUGUUGGCAGGAAUUACUAUAUCCGAUUCGUAUUCUAUCUGCUCUCUUGUAUUCCAUGUUGCUUCUUCUUGCCCACCAUAUUGGGCGGCUUCAGCCUGUUCUUCACCAGUAUCAUCUACCUCUGUGCUGCACUAUCAGGAGAGAAAUGGCAGCCCUGCCUUGACAGCAAAGCGGACAGAACACCUGGCAUCAACCCCAGUCAUCACCCGACCGUGCCACCACCCCGUAACCCCCGCUCUCAGAGCCUCGAUAACCUAGGCGUCAGCUCAUCUUCUGUCAACAGAGUAUGAGAAUGCUCAUACAGAGAUAAUUUAUUACAUGAAAUUUUCGUGGCGAUAAAUGUUUCUUGAUUUUUAAGUAGGCACAUAUUUCGCGACGUUUUAAUUUCGUGCUUGCGAGAAUUUCAUGUACUAAGAUACUUUUGAAAGGAAAAAGGUUCACCUACUUUAUGAUGCUUAUGUUAAGCAUCUAUGCUCUAUACUAACGUCAUUGAGAUCAUAGGCUGUUAACUAAUUCACAUAGCCUUCCAUAUAGUCGUAACAGUUGUAAGGGUCGUAACAGUCGUCUAGGGUUUGCCAUGAGAGGUGAUUUUGGAGGAUGCUUUGAUAAUGAGAUUCAUGACGUUGUCAAGAAAAAUGAGGAAAUACUGUAUUAAUGUAAGAUGGAAGCAAAAUUUAGUUGUGAAAACUAGGGAAAAUACCAGUUUAUACAAUAAAUAAAACCCUGCUAGCAGA